AUGACAGACUGAGUGACGCAUGCGCAGGACAUGGGUCGGUGCAAAUUGGGCAGUGACAGUGCGGAGUCAUGAAAGUGUUUGUAAACAACUCACUCAGUAGGUGCUGCAAACUGGAGUCAGAUCAAGCCCUUGGCAUACACCUGAGUGCCACCACAUCCUUCCUUAUUCUGCAGUAUAUUACAUGUUUUGUUGUUUUUAGAUCCACAGGAUGACAUAACUAUAGUAGCAAGUAACAACCUAAUGGAAAACAUUGAUAUUUUCUAAAUUUUCAGCAAAUUAUAAUUAUUACAUUAAGAUGCCUUGGCCAUUUUCUGAGUCCAUCAAAAAGCGGGCUUGCAGGUACCUUCUCCACCGGUACCUGGGGAAUUUUCUGCAGGAGAAACUAAGUCUAGAUCAACUAAGCUUAGAUCUUUAUCAGGGCACUGGGACACUUGCACAAGUGCCAUUAGAUACUUGGUCAUUGAAUGAACUCCUGGAAACCGCAGAUGCUCCCUUUGAGGUAAUUACGGGCUUCAUUCAGACCAUCUCUCUAACUGUCCCUUGGGCUGCCCUUCUUCAGGAAAACUGUGCACUUGAAGUGAAAGGUUUAGAGUUGGUUUUCAGACCCCGACCUAGAGUUGCAUCUGGUGUAGAGCCUAUGAAUUGGUCCAGUUUUAUGACAAGUAGCAUGCAACUCGCCAAAGAAUGUUUGAGUCAGAAACUCACAGAUGACAUUGGGGAGAGUUUCCAACCAUUUGAAGGUCUUGAAAAGUUUGCUGAAACAAUAGAGACAGUUCUCAGAAGAGUAAAAAUGACGUUUUUAGAUACUGUUCUUAGACUAGAACACAUUCCAGAAAAUUCAAAGACUGGAAUUGCACUUGAAUUAAGGAUCAACAAGAUUGUUUACUUUGAUGAAAGUGAUGAUGAGAGUUCAAGUGUCAACGUGCAUCAACCAACUACAUUUGCACAUAAAAAGCUGCAGAUGGAGGGGCUCUCAAUAUUUUGGGAUGAAUUCUCUGAUUUGUCCCGGGGUGGUUGUAAAUCUUCACCUACUCCUGCAGAAACUGAGCCAAAGUUAUCCCCAAGCUGGAAUCCUAGAAUAAUAUGUGAGCCUCACCCGCAGUUUACAGAGCCCAUAUCCCCCGCAACAUAUUUUGAGCCAGUCCAAGUCGGCAGGCUUGGGGGUAAACUUGAGCUGUCUCUCACUCUGAAAAAUAACCCUGCUAUGCCUGGAGCUAAGUUGCAUGUAGUUGGAGAUAUCAGCACACUUAUUUUACUUUUGUCACCGCGACAAGUGCAUCUUCUUCUUGACAUGUUUGGAACUUUUUCUGGUCGAGUUUCUCAAGAAUGGGCUAAGGACCGAAAGAACCGACCCAUUCAACAAGAAGAUGAAUACCGACUUCAUAUGGAACUUAAUCGCUGUCUAAAGAAAGACACCAUUGCACCUGGAACAGAUCAUGAACUAUUUGAGAGCCAGACUGCCAAAACUGUUUCCAGUCGAGACGACGUGUUCUUCUCCAUGGCUGACAUGGACAUGUCUCACAGUUUAUCCUCCCUUCCUCCUCUGGGUGAACCACCUACUGUUGACUUGGACUUGUCUCUCAAUAGCAACUACUCUGCUUCUUCUAGAGAAUCCCCUUCUGGCAAUGCAACAGUUUCCUGGGAUGAUUAUAUGGAUGUACCACGACAAAAAGAGAAGGCAACCAGUGAAACUCCAGUCCAAUCAAGGGACUCUCACAUUUCUCAGAAAUUACACAGACAAACCUCUCAUCCUUCUAAAGCCUGUGGAGAUGAAUCCAGGCCUGAGCUGGUGCUAAAGCUAACCCUGAGCAGUCUGGCAGUCGCAGUCCUCCACAUAGACCCACUGCCAUCACCAGAUGCAGCUCCUUGUCCCCUUGGUCCAAUAGCGGUGCACUUUUUUAGUACAGUUGGACAAGACCAGCCUGGCCAUGUAUCUUUCUUUCAGACCAGAACUGUGUUUAAUAAUGCUUGUCCACAUGACCACCUCAGGUUGGUUGGUCAUGGUUUGAAGAUAAGUUAUGAACAUUAUCAAGGAUCUAAUUUGCACACAUAUACCACCGACGUUUCCCUGAAUCAAAUGGAGCUAUUGGAGUGUCUUUUCCCUUGUGAGGCUGGCCAUAGUGGUUUACAAAGAGGCAUUCAGUAUACGGAGCUCCUGACAUUUGACACCACAGCUGAUGCUGAGGCACAGCUCAGCACCUGUCUCCACCUGCUCUAUAAACUGGCUGAGCGCAGAGGCCCACAGGGAGGCCAAGUGCGUCUUAGUAGCAUCCCUAGAAAAGCUGACAUCCAGGUUGAGCUAGGCCGUGCAUAUUCUGAACUGGACAUAAGCAUUGUGGAUCGUCUGAACUCCUUACUGCAGCCUCAGAAACUGACCACCACAGAAGUGAUGGCUUCACACAUGUACACGUCAUAUAAUAAGCAUGUUAGCUUGCACAAAGCCUUUACAGAAGUUUUCCUUGACGAGAGUCAGACACCUGCAAACUGCCAUGUGUCACUGACUGUCACUGCCCCAGUCCUAGGCCUUGCAGUGCGCUUUCCCAUUCCUGAUUUGCGCUCGGAUCAAGAGCGGGGGCCUUGGUUUAAGAAGUCUUUGCAAAAAGAAAUACUUCACCUGGAGAUGGAGGACUUUGAAAUGAAAACUGAGUUUAAGGGAGGCAGCUCUCCAGACCAAACAAAAAUGGAGCUUACCUUCAGGGAGCUUAUAGGCAAAUUUCAGGAAGAGCAGGAACAUCCAGCUACACAUUUUCUGAGGGUGUCAAACACUAUGGAUGGUGACCUGACCACAUCAACAAGUGUUAAAUUUGAUUGGCCCAGAAUUGUUCUGAAGAUGAACCCUACAGCAGUGCACUCUAUUCUUGAAAGAGUCACAGUUGAGGAUGAUGAAGGAGCUGAAGAUCAUUCUCUUGAAGAGGAGGAGGAGGAAGGAGCCGCUCAUUCCCUGAAAGAUGUCUGUGACUUUGGGAAACCAGAACCAUCCCCUUUUUCUUCCCGUAGAGUUAUGUAUGAGAAUGAAGAGAUGGUUAUACCGGGUGAUGUGGCUGAGAUGACAGACUUUCAAGAAAAAACCAUGAACAACUCCCGGUUCAUUCUUGAACUAAGCUUUCCCAAUGUUCAGUUAGCUCUCCCCAGUAAAGCAUUUUAUGAAAAACUACACAACAGAAUUAACAAUGAUCUGCUGUUGUGGGAGCCCACAGCCCCUUCUCCAGUAGAAACAGUGGAGUCUAUGCCUUAUGGAGUUGGACUCUCUGUUGCCAGUCAACUGAUCAACACCUACUCAAAAGACAGCUUUAGCCAGUUCCGCACCACAGGCAUAGAAGAUGAGUCCAGUGCUUCAGAUGAAGACAACAUGCAUUAUUACUCCCCCGACUCAGAUUUUGGUCUCAGGUCUCGUAAAAAGAAAAAAAACAAAGUGCCAAGUAAGACUUCUCAGAGCUUGUUCUCUGUCAUCCUGACUGUGAACCAUGGCUUGGUGGCUCUUCACACUGAUGCCAAGAAAGACAAGACUGUGUUGAAGAACAAGCAUGGAGAAUUCUGGCUGGAGAUAAAAAAUGCUGUGCUUUUUAGUGUUACACAGUACGAGGGCUUUAAAGACCAUCACUACAUGUGCUUUCACACAAGUAACAUUUGCAUGUAUCACCAAGGACUCGUAGAUGGAGGCACAACUGGUUCAGACCUUAAACUGCCUUGCAAAAUACAUCCCCACUGGUUAGAACCAGCUAUUUACCAAUCUGAGACAUCUCCUGAAAGAACCCCCACACCCUCAGAGGGCAUUGGGCUGGAGGCUCGUAGCAUGGUCUCUGUUGCUGUGAAAGUGUCCUCCCAAAAUGUAGAGCGUAAUGUUAAGGAGUUUCUUGUUGCUGUUGGUGUAAGGGGUGCCACACUGCAGCAUAGGGUAGUUGCCUCUGGUUUAGGCUGGUAUGACCAGAUAGUGGACUUUCUCAACAUUUCGGAUGAGCCUGUGUUGGGAUACGCACCUCCUGCUUCUGCUACCACUUUGCAUCUGCACUUAUGGAGCUGUUCUCUUGACUACAGGCCGCUUUACUUGCCUUUGAGAUCUCUGGUUUUUGUGGAAACCUUCAGCAUAUCCAGCAGUGUGUCACUAGACCAUUCCUCAUCUACACUCAGGAUUUUAUUGGAUGAAACCGCAUUGUUUCUCUCAGAUAAAAAUAAUGCAGUCUCUGUCAAUCUUGCGCGUGAUUAUGUACAAGUAGUGGACAUGGGAACAUUAGAGUUGAGAAUCACAGCUGUAAAACCAGGAGUGGAUGGAAAAUUGUCUGAGCCCAAAUUUGAGCUCCGCUGUUCCAGUGACAUCAUCCACAUCCGAACAUGUUCAGACUCCUGUGCUGCUCUCAUGAAUCUCAUUCAAUACGUGGCAAGUUAUGGAGACCUGGUCCCUCCAUCAGAACAUGAGAGCAAACAAAGCUCAAAACAAAGCACUGCUCAAAAGACAAAGGCUGAGUUCCCCACACAAAGCACAGUUCCAAUGCCUUUGCUUGCUGACAAUGAACAACAAAUACUCCAAGAUCUAAUGAGUGAAGCAAUGGAAGAAAUGGAUAACCAACAGACACAAGCUGUCCAACAGAACGGCACACAUGAGGAGAAGAACUGUCAGCACGAAGCUCCCCAGUCCGACUUAUUCCUAUUCCCAGAUGAGAGUGGAUGUUCCAAUCAGGAUUCAAGUCCCACCUAUCCCAUGCUGCAUUCACCUCUUAUUACCCCUGUACCGAACCUGGCCCAGGAGACUGAUGACUUUUGCAUCCUGGACACCCCUGGUUCCAGAGCAGAGGACCGUGAUCAGGAGCCAAUAGUGAAGCAGCUUUCCUCAGAUCCUGUGGAAAUCAAGGAACAUCACUUUAGUCAGCCACUGGAGAGUAGUGCAAGUCGAGGAAGUUUAAAUUUUCCCAUACCAGAGGUGCGCUACCUAAUCCGAGAGAUUUCUGUUGUGUGGCAUCUGUAUGGUGGGAAAGACUUUGGAAAUCCUGCUUUCCCAGCAUCACCUGUAAGAAGUCGUGGUGCAACACCCCAUUGUUCCCCAUCCCAAACUCCUGUACGGCAGCCCAGGGGUCCGGGAAAAACAGGAGGUGGUAAAGGGAGGAAUCCAGAUGUUCUGAUGGAGAUCCAGCUCAGCAAAGUCAAAUUUCAGCAUGAGGUGUACCCACACUCCCAAGGGACUCCAGGCACAGCAUCAGACCAGCCAGUGUCUCGACAAGUGUUCGCUGUUCAGGACUUGGAAAUCCGAGACCGAUUGGCCACCUCACAAAUGAACAAGUUUCUAUAUUUGUAUUCGAGCAAAGAGAUGCCCAGGAAAGCUCAUUCUAAUAUGUUGACUGUUAAGGCUCUCCACAUGUGUCCAGAGUCAGGCCAAGCCCCACAAGAGUGCUGCCUGCGUGUUUCUUUAAUGCCGCUACGCCUCAAUAUUGAUCAAGAUGCACUGUUCUUCCUGAAAGACUUCUUCUCUAGUCUUACUGCAGAAGUUGAGUUUUUCUCUCCACUUGCCCAAGAAGCUCCUAGUGUAUCUACAAAAGUGUCUGCUCCAGAGAUCUCCUGCUCUUUCUCAAAGCAUAGCAGCCAGGACCCUGCACCAAUCAUCUCAGUCCCUGCUCAAAGACGUUUGAGCCACAACGGUUUCUCCAUUGAUGAGGCCAGUGAGAAUGAGGGAUCUACACUUAACUUUACUGACCAGCCAAUCUUCUUCAGAGAGUUUCGAUUUACCUCAGAAGUUCCCAUUCGUCUGGAUUACCAUGGGAAGCAUGUUGCAAUGGAGCAGGGAACAUUUGCAGGAAUCAUUAUUGGACUCACACAGCUGAAUUGCUCUGAAUUAAAACUGAGGCGGCUUUGCUACAGACAAGGGUUAUUGGGUGUGGAUAAGCUUUUUUCUUAUGCAAUGAAUGAGUGGUUGAAUGACAUAAAGAAGAACCAGCUCCCGGGCCUACUGGGUGGUGUAGGGCCGAUACACUCUUUGGUACAAUUAGUGCAGGGAUUCAGGGAUUUGGUGUGGCUUCCUAUUGAACAGUACAGGAAGGAUGGGCGAAUUGUUCGUGGGUUCCAGCGAGGAACUGCUUCCUUUGGGACGUCCACUGCUAUGGCUGCCCUGGAGCUCACCAAUAGGAUGGUACGAACAAUUCAGGCGGCAGCAGAGACAGCUUAUGACCUUGUGUCUCCAGUACCUGAUGAAAGAGACACAAAGAAAAUCAAACGAUUUUCCCAUUAUGGACUGGCCCAUCAGCCAGUGGAUCUGAGAGAAGGAGUAGCUAAAGCCUAUACUGUAGUAAAGGAGGGCAUCACAGACACAGCUCUGACCAUCUUCGACACUGCUACUCGAGAGCAUGAGCAGCGUGGCAUGACUGGGGCAGUAGGCGGGGUUCUGAGACAGCUGCCUCCAGCUGUGGUCAAGCCUCUUAUCAUGGCUACUGAAGCCACUUCUAAUGUCCUGGAUGGGAUGAGAAACCAAAUUCACCCAGAUGCCCGCCAAGAGGAAUCACAGAAGUGGAGACAGGGUGAAGAAUAAAUCAAUUUGCCAUUUUAGCUAUAGAAACUGGUCAAGUAGGCGCAAUCAACAGAUAGAUUUGUUUUACAUUAAAAUUACAUCUACAGUGGUGUACAUAAGAUAUAGUUCAUCUUGUCGCACUUUUGUAUAUUGUAAUAUACUGUAAUGCUUGUAUCCGCUUAAUUGUCCCAUCACAGUGCCUUCAUGUUAUCUGAAUUAUUCAACUGUAAAUGAAUGAUCCUAAACUGCUUCAAACUGGAAUAGUCUUUUUUUGUAGCCUAUUGUUAUUUAAAUGUGCCGACAGAAGCCACUUUGUUGUUUUGCCUCUCUUUUGAACAACUGUGUUUUUGUUUUCUAUUGGGUUACCUGUAAUUCUUGUGUUGUGAUUACUUCAAUAGUGAAUUGUAUGUCAUAAUGUGUAAACUAAGUCCUCAAUAAGUAUUUAAAAGGAUGUGUACUAUUUCAACCGUUUUCUAGUGAAACAAUGAGAAUAUUCCUGCAACAUUUCCAACCGUUACUUUAGGUUCUACUAGUUAAAUGUCAUCGAUGCUGCUAUUUAUUUUAUUUUUUUAAUUUAUGGGUAUAAUUCUAAUUGUCUUUGUUUUAAGUCUUAAAUGGUAGACCAUUGUGGUAUGAAAUGUCAUCUUUUUUGCUUUUUAUUUUAUGUAUAAGGACUAUUACUGUAUGUACAUUAACUUAUGACUUUGUAUUGAAGGCAUGAAAGGGAAAUAAAAUACAUUUGCGG